AUGGCAGAGAGGAGACGACUGGGCUACAAUGUGCACAGGGAAGUCCUGGAUGAAGGAGAGGUGGAGGAGAUGGCUGAAAAGUCCGAAGAAAAAACAUCUCUGUGUGAGAAUUUUAACAAGUCAAUGAGGUAACGCAAACCCACACCUGACCAGCAGUAAUUUCCAAUCCUGUGUACUCAUGGUGUAAAAACUCAUUCACGACUCAGCAGUUUUUGGAACUUUGAUUACCAUACACCAUGAUGUUUAAGGCUGAUUACAAAAUGCCAUGUGCAGUAUUAUAGGCUUUGUUUUGAGACUGUCAUCCAAGUGAACCUCUGAUCCCUGCUUACAUAAAACUGAUAAUCAAAAGAACACCUUCUCCUUAGUGCGUCAUAUUAAUAGAUCCAUAAAUUAUGCAAUGAGUCCUCCCUUAUUGACUUCUUAUCAUGAUCCUACUGGAGUUGAAUAGGUGUUAUUAUAUCAGCAAAGCUUAUCUGACGGAUACGUUUCAUUCAGAGCAAUGACAAUACACGUGAAAAACAUUUAAAUUUGUCAUGUUUGUUAUUAUUUCAGGCUAAAGAUAAUUUAGAAGACAUUUUUAUAAACUCGUUUUGCAGUAAAAGGAAAUGUCACAGUCACCUGUACAUCAUCGUGACACACACUGAGAGAGAUAAAUCAUAUAAAGACAAAAGGCAACAGUCAUGCUGUUCUAAAUGUGAGGAAACCAUCAAUAAUUAAACUGAGACAUUCUUGAUUCGCUCAUGUAACGAAUUUAAUUGUUUGCUGGGCAGAAGCAAGAAAUAACAUACAGUGUCCUGGCUGAGAGGUUGAAAGGUCAUUUAUUAACUUUGAGAUGUUUGAAAAACAAGUUAACUGGACAUCAGAUAUUGGAGACGAUGAGCCAAACACAACAGACUCUGUACAGACUAUAUUAAAACAAACAAACAAAAAAAAUACCCUCUUCUCCUUGUCUCCACGUUGACACACACUUAGGUGCUCUGGUCCCCGUAUGAAGAAAUGCCUGCUGGGUAGCUUUCCUGUGCUAUCAUGGCUGCCUCGAUACUCCAUCAGAGAGAAUGCGCUAGGUGACCUGAUCUCUGGGAUCAGUGUCGGCAUCAUGCAGCUGCCACAAGGUGAGGAUGGAUGUUUCAGAUACAGACAGAGGAAGUAAAGAUUAAGAAAGAGUUGUUGUCAUGGUUUAUAUUCUAUGCUGGUGUUUGCUCUCAUUUUCUUUAAGUCCUCCCAACAGCUGCUUAUAGAAAUGUUCCUCUGCUGUUCCUGCAGGUAUGGCCUAUGCUCUGCUAGCAGCAGUUCCUCCAGUCUUUGGUUUGUACUCCUCCUUCUACCCGGUCCUGAUCUAUUUCAUCUUCGGCACAUCCAAGCACAUCUCAAUCGGUAUGUUCCUGGCAAAUAGAACAUGUGAUGUACCCAGCACUGUGGGCUGCAGUGUACUGUUGUUGUAGGGUCACCAAACAUCUAGUCCAAGUCACAAAAGAACAAUCCAAGUCAGGUUCCUAUAAUCUGAGGAUUCAUAAGGAGGACCACUUCCCAGUUCACCAUAGUAUGAGCUUGUAUUGACUGUGUGGGACCUUUAGGAUAUACAGUAUAGAAAACAGAUUUAACACCUUAACAUUAUGAGCCAAACAUCAUUUCAUUUCCCACAGGUAGAUCAUGACUUUAAAAGGGGGCUUCAGCAUAUUUAACAAACAUAUUAAGUCAUUUCGUAUCCAUAAAGGACAGCUAUCUGGGAUCAAAAAAAUGAACUACCACCUCUCACUCAUUUACCUCUACAUAUGUUGUGAAAAGCGUUUGCACUGCAUGUGAUCGUAGAAAAACAGAGAGACAGAGGUGCAGUAGGUCCCUUCUAUUCAUGCAGACUAACGAUAAGGAUCAAUGUCUCUAGUCAAAUGUAAACCUGCUGUUACUGCUGGUCUAAAUGUGUUCAGUUUUUGGAGCUUUAUCACAACAGGUCCACACACAGAUCACCUGUUGUGAUAAUCAAAGAUUAAAAACACUAGUUGUGUUAUUUAGUCCUGCUGAUGCAAGUAUCAUUGAUCAUUGAUCAAACUUGUGUUGCAAUCAACUAUUUAGUUUGUAAUUUAAUGCACUGUGUGCUGCUUUCUGUGCCAGUCAGGGUAGUACCUUUUCUCUUUUUUUGAUAAUUAGACCUUAUAUAUUGUGUUGUUUCUUUCUUUUCAACUCACACUUUUGCUGCACUAGUACUACUAGCACCUGGAAAGACAUGUUUUGUUAAAAAAAAAAAAAAAAAACGAAAAAAAACUCACAGAAACAUUGAGAAGUCUUUACCUGUAAAUGAGCAAAUCACGAUUGUGUUAAUGCACAAGUCUGAGAACAAGUUCAAGUCAUAAGUGCUUCAGUCUGUGUCAAGCCACAAGUCUCAAAAAUCAGGACUGAAGUCAGAUUUCAGUCACAUCAUUAACCCAAAGAAAAAAAUGGGUUUAAGUUUAGGAGGACAUGUCUCCCAAAAUAUCCAUGCGCUGCUUUUCAGUGAAAUGGGUGUCUCUUCUCCAGGAACAUAUGCAGUGAUGAGUGUGAUGAUAGGGGGAGUGACAGAGCGACUAGCCCCCGACUCCAAAUUUGAAAUACAGGACAACGUGACCAACUUGACUAUUGUGGAUGACGUCGCCAGGGAUGCAGAGAGGGUCCAAGUGGCUGCAGCUGUCACAUUGUUAUCUGGAUUGUUUCAGGUAAAUAUGAGGAUUAUGUGGAGGCUCUGGUCUGGUCAGAUAUUUGGGAAUAAGCUUUUCUGGAGGUUUAGAUGUUUCUAAAGUAAGAGUGACGAUGUGAUCUGUAUAUGUUGGGAAACAUUAACUGGAAGGGCAGGGCAGUAAAAAACUACAGCAUCACAAUCGUCAGUCUUGUUCACUGAUGGUCUUGUUCACUUUUGUAUAUCAGUAAAAAGUUUCGAAAUUAAUUUUGACCGAUUUCAUAAGCAUAAAAAAACUCCCCACAGGAGCUUUAAAUAUCCAUGUCUGUUCAUUUUCCUCUGGGUUAUCUCCUUAGAUUCUGCUCGGCCUGGUCCAGUUCGGUUUUGUUGUGACAUACCUAUCAGAGCCGCUGGUUCGAGGUUACACCACAGGAGCAGCCAUUCACGUUAUUGUGUCCCAGCUGAAGUACACGUUUGGAAUCAACCCAGUGAGAUAUAGUGGACCCUUCUCAUUGAUAUAUGUAAGACUAAACAAAGCCUGCGCGCCUUCACAUUUUACAAAACUUGCCUCUAAUGACAUUUAUUUGCUGGGCAUUAGGAUUUUUUUGUGGUCUAUCACCCCUGGGAAAUAGCUGUCCUCUGUUUCCUUCUUUUCAGACUGUGCUGGAGGUGUGUUAUCUCAUUCCAGAGACAAACGUAGGUACUCUUGUGGUCAGUAUUGUUGCCAUAGUCGGCCUCAUCCUGGCCAAGGAGCUCAACGCAUACCUGAGUAAAAAACUACCUGUCCCUAUACCUGUGGAGCUGCUUGGUGUAAGUAAACAAAAUAUACAUGUGUGUCUAUUCAUGGAUGGUUUCAAGUUCACACAAAUGAGCACAAACAACUGUUUAUACAAAACUUCUACCCCAUCUCCUACAAUCUAUACUCUAGGUUGUCGUUGCAACACUAAUCUCCUGGCAAGUGGACCUGAAUGGGAAAUAUAAAGUGGAUGUGGUGGGGUUGAUUCCUUCAGGGUGAGAAAAACACAGAGAAAACAGAAAGGGAUGACUGUAUUUGAAAAGUUGAAUAUUCUUAAUCUUUUCACACUUUAUGUCCAGUCUCCAGCCCCCUGUUGUCCCGGAAGCCUCUCUGUUUGGUCAGGUGAUUGGUGAUGCCUUUGCUCUGGCUGUGGUUGGCUACGGUAUUGCCAUCUCACUAGGACGAAUCUUUGCCCUCAAAUAUGGAUACAAGGUGGACAGUAACCAGGUAGGGAGCAGUUGGAUUAAAUAGUCCUUUCAGAUUAAUAACCAGAAUUUAAGUGUUGUUUUUUUUCCCCUCGGUUUAGGAACUUAUUGCCCUGGGUUUGAGCAACACUGUUGGAGGAUUUUUCCAGUGUUUUGCCAUCAGCUGCUCAAUGUCUCGCACCAUGGUUCAGGAGAGUACAGGGGGGAAGACUCAGGUUGGUUAUGAGCAGACAUUAUUCCAAAGUGCCUUUUGGUUAAUGCAGUUUUAAGUCUCUGAGGUUGACAGUGCAGAUCUCAUUCAGAGUGAUUUGAGAAAUCAGAGGUACACUAGAUCCACUUUUUAAUUACAAGACAUACCUUAAGUAGGUUAUCGAAUUUAUGAAGCAUGUGCAAAGAGUUUUUGAUGUGUAUGAAACUGACCAAAAUCACGAAUUUCUGCACAUUUUUUCACUUUAUUUAUUUUGCAUGAUAAAAAAUACACAAAAAAAGGAUUAAGGAAAGUUGAUAAGCAGAGUUUAAAAAAGCAGAGAGCCAUGGGAGCUGAUUGGACACCUCCAUCUGAAUAUUGGCUAAAUAUCACAAAUUCAAUAAAAAAAAUAAAAUGAAAUAAAUAAAUAAUAAUAAUAAUAAUAGGUUCAGGAGAAUAAAAAGAUUAAAUUUGACAGGAGAAAUGAAAGCAAACCUUCAUAUGAUUCAGAGUAAGAGUUGAAGUGUUUAGGAGUUAUUCCCUUCAUAUAUGAUUUAACACAAUAAAACAGAUAUUUGAAAAAUUUUGAUGUUAUGAACUUUAAGACUCUGGAGCAUCUGAAACACUGAGCAGAUAAGACCUGUGAGUCUGGUCAGUGUUUCUGAAGCAUUUCUCAACCCUUUCUAAUGGUACCAAGAGAUUUGUUCGUCUUUCUGCUAACCCAGUCAAUGUCUUUUUUGGCUCAAGUUGUCAUCAGCAAAAAUGGUCCCCAUUGCCUGAUGCUGUUGCUGAAGGGCAGGUGUCAACAUGAUGAACAGCCCACUUCCCAAGCAGCCGUUGUUUACAUCUUCUAUAGGAAAGAUUCUCAAUGAAUAUUACAUGUGAAUAUAUUCAAAGAAAGCAGGAUGAGAUUUUACGAUAAAAACACGACUCACACAUGUCAAGGACAUACCAACAAAGAGAUAAGAAGUGCUCAAAGAGCAUAGAGGUCACUGAAAUUAACACAGACUCAAAGUUUCUCACAGGAAUUUACAAAAAAGAAAAACCUGUCCCACUCCUCCCUCUUUUCAGUUACUUAAAAAAAACAAGCCACUCCAAUGAAAAUUUUAAAAUCUGCCUUAAAAAUGUAAGUUAGAAAAUAUGCUUUCUUUUCUACUGAACUUAAAUCUUAAAUUUAUAUGGUAAGAUCAAAAUUUAGGCAAUAAAUCAGUGAGUUUUUAUUGUUUUCAGGCAUUUUACUAAAUAAUCUAAUUGAAACAUAUCAUAUAGAGCAGGUCCAAACAUUUUUUUUUAAUUUUAUUACAAUUAUAAAUGUGUAAUUUUAUUAGACUGUAUUAACAGCAUAAUGAAAAACUGGUCUUCAAAAGAAACAAAGAAUAUACAUGUCAAAUAUCUGUGAUGCUGAUCAUUCCAAGUCAAUAUACUGAGGCCUUCUAUGAGGCCAUGCUACUGAUGAACAUACUUUUUUUUUUUAUUGAUAUAUUUUAAUUUUCUCAUUUUCAUCCCACACAGACAAAAAGCACAGUUUUUGAUAAAUGCUCACUGGUUUCAGUGACUGUCGUAUUGAGAUUUGACAUGGUCAUGCAUUGAGUAUUUCUCUCCCAACACUUCACUUUGCCCAUAGCUACAAACCUGUGCGAUCUCAAAGGUUAAUCAGAGUGAAAAGCUGCUUAAAAUUACUGUUAGUCCGUUAAGUAGCACCAUUAAAAAUCACUUAGGGAAUCAAUUCUUGCCCACAUCAUUGAAGUCCACCUACAUGAACACAUAUUUGCUGAAAGACCAAACCAAUUACAUCUGACAACACCAUUAAUCAGCUGAGGCCCAUAACAGAUGACAGAGGAGAGGAGAGGAGGCGCAAACUGCUGAUGCUUUGACUUCUCUCAUAAUCCUGAACCAAUUCACUCCAACAAGCACUCCAUCAUCCAUCUUCUCUCUGUUUUCUCUUUCAGCCUGCUUUCUAAUCUCUCUCCCCUGUUUCUCAUUUAUCAUGCCUCUCAGUCUCCUCUCUCUCCCUGCUGCAGGUUGCCGGGGCUUUAUCAGCUGCAGUUAUUCUUGUCAUUACACUUUGGAUUGGAACUCUCUUUGAAGAGCUGCCCAAGGUACUGUGUGUGUACGUGUGUGUGUUUGCAUUAGUUCACAUCUGUGCAGGAUGUGGCACAUGCAUGUGUCCAAAUCUGGGUGUGACAUAUGUCCAAGCACUCAGUUAAAGUCAGAUAUUUCUCCAGCUUUUAGCUAAGCUGCUGACCACUUUAAAACAUCUUAUUUGACAGAUUGAUGUGAAGUAAUCCACCAUUUAAAUGUCUGUAAUUUAAUUCCCCCUGCAGGCCAUGCUUGCUGCCAUCAUCUAUGUAAAUCUUCAUGGCAUGAUGAAGCAAUUUUUGGACAUCCCUGCACUGUGGAGAAGUAACAAGGUAGACAUGGUGAGUAAACUUUGUUUUUAACAAGUACAUGUGGAGUGUUUUUUUAAAAACCAAGAUUAAUACAUUUGUAUCUUGGUUACAGGAUGUACUACUGAUCAUUUCUUUUUGGUUUACAUGUUAAAUUACAUGUAGAUGUUUGUAUGUUCUAGCCUGGUGGACAGUUAGUAGAAAGGCUGUAAAACACUUGUGUACAGACACACCUAACUCUUUGAAGGGAAAAAAAACUGAUACUGUGAUUGGUUUGAUUUAUAUUACACCCCAAACACACUUCAAUGAUCGUAGGAUUUAAUCCAACCUGUCUGCCCCCUGUACCUCACUUGGUGCCCAGAUUUAACGGCUGAAUAGCAGUCUGCCAUGCCUGAAUUCCCACUGCAGCAUGUGCUUUAGACCAUGUGUUUGUUGAUGGUGUGAACAGGGCUCAGUCUCUUCCUGUACCAGUCAGUGUUGACCAGUGAAUCCUAACAGGCCUUGCAGCCCUGAAACAGACUGAAAUCAUUACUGAUGCAUCCCCAAAUUAGACCAUCAUCAACAGGAUUGACAAUUUCUAUUUUGUAUUUUUUUAUGUCUGACACUGCUUGAAGAAGGGUGGUAGACCAGGAGACUGACAAAAUGCCAAACAAACAAUCUUUCUUUACACUUUCAGCUACAAAUACUGUGAGUGACAGGAAAAGAUCAGUAGGUAAAAAGAUGUGCAUGUUUGCCCACAGGUGGCACCAUUAUCUAUGCACACAGGCAAUUGCAGAAGCAGCUUUAAAUACUUUUGCAAGAGGUAGAUCGUGUUUGUUCUGUAAGAAACAGCCUUAUUGAUCACAUAUGGAAAAUGUGUUCGACUGCAAAGAGAGAGUGUCUUGAUUGGAUAGACCUUAAGCAGAUGAGUAUGAAAGAUUAUUUACUUUUGCCUUUUAGUAAUACUUUAAAUAAAUAAGGUUGUAUGGUUAGUGACAGAUAGAGGGUAUUGUUGAAUUUCCAGAGGGAAGCCCAGGGCACAAUAAGGACAGCUUUCAUUCCACACUUGGACUGUUGGAUCCCUUAUUCAAUGAGGAUUACACUGAAGGGUCUCUCGAAAUGUGACCCUGUUUGUGACCCUCCAUUUCUGUAACGUCUAUUAUCCUUUGUUCCCUGUCCCAGGUGAUCUGGGUGGUGACCUUUGUCCUCACCCUGUUGUUCAACCCUGACCUGGGUCUGGCUGCUUCCAUCGGUUUCUCCAUGCUCACUGUCAUCUUCAGGACACAGCUGUAAGAAAAGCCUGCCUCUGGGCUGACACACCCACUAUGAUGCUGUAACAAACACACCCAUAGCACAGCGUGAUCAGUGGAAAAAUGUCCUCUGUCGAACGCUGAUUAACACACCCAAACCCUCUCACAGAUUGUUGACAGUCCACACCCAAACACUAGGUAAGAGAACUGUUCUUUGUUUGGUGUGUUUCCAGACCUAAAUACUCCCUAUUAGGGCAGGUCCCAGACACCGACAUUUACCGGCCGCUGGAGGAUUACAACCAGGUACGACACCGUCCGUUUACUAAGUCUCAGCAGGAAGGAGGUAAAGCACUGGUUAGAGGUUAACAACUGUGUCACUGUGCUGUCCUAGCUUACACAGAGACUUACCUCUGAAUGAUUUUCAAAUAGGGUUUUUGAAAAAUUAAAACCUAGAUAAUUAAAUUCUCAAAAAUACUUUAAGUGUGUGUACACCACUAUCAGGAGAGAAAGUAUUUUUAACAAUAGAGUUGACCUUUUUGUGACCAAAAUAAAAUGCCUUUAUGAUUAACCCCAUUUUGUUAUUUAUUUUUUGGGGGUUUGUACUUACAUAACAGCCAAUAAGGAAAUAAUUAAAGCAAACGCAACACUAAAAACAGGACAUAAUAAUUUGGUAUGAUUCUCACUUAUCUGCACUUAAUCAGUGCUUCAGGGCCUGUGCACACUGACUCAGUUUGAGGGCAUUUUACAAAAGAAAGUGUAUUAAUAGUAAAAAAAAUAACUAUGCUGGUAUCAGUAGCUGCUCUACACUUAAAAAAAUCUCCCUAAAAUAAUAUGUAUCAGCUCCACCAGUAUUGUUGACAAAGUUAUCAUCCAAAGUCCCGCCCCUUCUCAAUUUGGAUGAGGAGCAUUUCACUUAUCCAGACUGACUAAUUAGCCAAGAUGUUAACCUUAAGUAAGAAGAGCUGCUGACAGGAUGUGUUAAUAUUUCAGCAGGAAGUACAGUUUCUGUUGUCUGAGUUUGGAUUUAGACCAUUAUAGCUCUACGGUCUAAUCAAUAACUUUUGACAGUCAGUUGGUCCAUUAAAUAUAUAUUCUUUUUUAAUCUGAUGACUGUCAUGAACUCCUGACAUUCACUCCACCACCAGAUUAAAAUUCACAUUUGGUGUGACGUCUCAACAGCUGCUGACAUUGAUUGCACACAUUUAUGUUCAAUUAAAGAGAUUUGAUGAAUAAAUUGACAGAUAAUUUUCCAUCGAGACCUGAAAAAUCUAUAACGUUUAAUUGUUUGAUCUCAAACCUGGGUUUACUCUCAGAUACUCUCAGAUACUUCUGAUUUACUGCUUACCGGCCAAACUUGAACAGGCUUAAAUGUUAACUAAGAUAAUAACAAUGGCAAAUAACUGGAAGUAAAUUUCCAAAUAUUAGAGGAAAGUAAUAUCAUUAGGGGCAUGCAGGCAUACUAAGGUCAGCAUUUAGCUCAAUGUAAAGACUCACAGGGAUGCUAGCAUGUCUUUUGUUGUUAGCAAGUUAGUUUAUAUAAAUUCUGAGACGAGCAUUUUCCCUUUAAAUUAUGACUUCUAAAAAUAAAUGAGUUAUUUUAUUUUUAUAGUGACUCUAUCACACAGCAGAUUUAACAAUGUGAUGGUAAAAGAAGGUCAUCUUCUUGAAAAAAUUCAUAUCGUCUGAUAAAUUAGUUUACUUAUUGACUGACCACUUACCUUUAGGUGAAGCAGGUACCAGGGAUUCUGAUCUUCCGUUCCUCUGCAACCCUCUACUUUGCCAAUGCUGAGAUGUAUCAGGAGGCUCUUGGAAAAAAGGUAAGGACUCACAGGGUCCCCACACAUAUGUAAGCACUUAAUGUUCAACCUCCUUCAUGCAGAAAUGCAGCCAAAACUGCUCAGCAUUUUCAGAUGGGAAUAAUAAAUAACACAAAAAUAGUCUCAUGAAUCAAAUAACAGUUUCCAUAAUUUCAACAAGGUCAUCAUAAAUUUUAAGCUAAAUUCGAUCAUUGGUCUGUUACAGGGGCUUGCUGCUCUCAGAUCUAAGAGUAUGUGUUUUCAGAUUUAUAGCCAUAACAGCUCUGAGAAGCCUCGCCUGAUUUUUGUGUAAAACUUCAGAGACUUCUAAAAGAAGAAAACAGGAGAUCAGAGAGUUUAUCUUCAGUCAUAAAAGGAAAGCAGUUCAUUGAUAUAUGUUAGUGCUAGAUUAUGUAAGUCUUUGAAGACAAAAAAGACAUAAAAAAUCUGUUCUGUGUGAUUCAAGCUGUCUAUGUUGUGGUGCCAGUAGAGGGGGAGGUCUUUUUAUGUCUUUAACACUCUGAAUGAACUGUAAUUUUUUUUACAUUUUAGGAAAGUUGCAACAAGCUAAGCUUCUCAAAAACCAUCACUUGAUAGAGUUCCAAAAUAAGCUGAUUUCUCAAGGCUCCAUGGCUGAAACAAAGUAAUUUCCUACCAUGUUAAUAUUUACCAGGCUCUCCUCCUUUGUUUAUUAUUAUUAUUAUUAUUAUUAUUAUUAUUAUUGUUGUUAUUAAUAUUUUAUAUUAUUUUUUUGGGAGGGGGGGGGGGGGGGGGUCCUUUUACCUUAUCAUCAAGAGUUCAAUCCCAGUGAGACAACAAUAGAGUUCAGUGGAGUAUGGAGAUUAUGUGUGGUGGAAGCAGAGUGUCAUCAGCAUAACAGUGUAGCUGAGAUUGUGUUUAUCAUUUAUUAUGCCAAGAGCAGGCAGAAAGAGAAAAUAAGGAUCAAGCAUGGUUGCUAGAAGGAAAUCGUAUUUACUGUCAAACAAAAAGGAACAUUGCUAAGAUACAAAAUCAAGCUCUGAACGAGAGAGUGCUAUCCAUCUUUCAAUCUUAUAGAUUAAAGUACAACAUGAGAAGACGGCUGAAGUUGUAGAAAUAGCUUCCACUUCUUUGAAACAGUUUAAGAGCCAAAAAACUAGUUUCAACAGUUUCCAUAACAGGAUCGCAGAUCUUCCUGUAUAAGCAAUUUUAGCCUCUCAGACAACCUCCAGAUUCCCUGGCUUCUUUCAGUUCUCAUCGCAUUGUCAGCAUUUUAAUUGAAGGUCUUCGAGAGACACAACCUCAGUUCAUGGCUAGAAAGCUGACCUUAACAGCACAGUAGAUCUGACAACUACAUCCAAACAUACAUUCCAGCAAGGUACAAAAUCACUUCAGUCACAACUGAACCCCCAGAGGAGAUUUUCAACCAUCUUUUUUUUUUUAUUGUGUUCACCCGUAGCUCAUAUAACUACAAGUCAUCAGUGCACAUUUGACUCUUUCUCUUUUCAAUCCAUCCCCUCGACAUGUAGAUUAAACCUCAAAGUAAAAUUAACCAGAUUCAUCUCUCCAAGCCUUUUUUUUUUCUUGCCUCAAACAACAGAUUUGUUUUUUUUUUUGUUUUGGAUCAAUACAAACUGAAUCAACCAGAGAUACACCCUGUUAUAAGAUAACUGUGGCCUGCAGCACAGACACACAGAGGGUCUCAGAGUAAAGGUUACAGAGGUAUAUCUUGAAAGGGCAUUAUGGAUGGUUCAAAGCAAGGAGGUCUAAGGUUGCAGAGGUUUCAGGAUUUGAGUCUCCAAAAUCAGAGGCUGGGCAUACAAUGUGCAAAUUGAAGCCAAUAGUGAACCAAUUUCUGAGCCAUAUGACUCUUCAUUCUGAUCACACAUUGUUUCUUAUGCAGUGUGCAAGGAGGCGGGAGAGAUGAUCUUGGUCCAAUUAACUGAAUUUCUGGAACAUAGGAAAAUUUGGUUGCGCAGUGCAAAAAAUACAGAAGAGCCGUAAAUUGAUUCUUUAAUUUAAGGGAUUUUCCCCCCAAUUACACCUGUGAAAUGUGGGUCAUGCUUUACAGUUGGUGUGGGCAAAUAAAGCGUGAGCUCUGAGAACAUGUUUCUUGGUUCAGCAUGAGUUCAUUUGUAACCACAACGUUUCUGAAAUCGUACAGUGCACUCUUGGCUGUACAGAGGUUGAGGUUUCUGGAGUUAGACAGUUGAUAACAGUGAUCAAGACAUAUGCAAAUUUGGACAGAGGGCGAAAAGCAAUUAGACUUGAAAACACACUUUUAAAAAAGCCCCAUGCUGGGUAGACUUGAAAACACACUUUUAAAAAAGCCCCAUGCUGGGUAAAGGGAAGCACCGGCAACUAUCUCAAGACUGAGCCACCGUCUCCCAUGCAGAGAGUGUAGGUUGCUAGAUUGCAGAUGACAGCAGGUGUGCAGGUUUGAUUGGCAGCAAGGUGUGUGGAUCCAGGGAUGCCAAGGUUCAGAUAAACACAGACACAUGUACACAGAAGACAAAUAAUUAUUCACAAACACACUGAGAAAAAAAGGGAAGCAGGGGAAAGAGGAAAAACAAGAGACUCAAAAGCUUACUAUAUGUCUUGACAAAAAAGCCCAGUCAUUGUGAAAUGUCUGUCAAGUUGUAAAAGUAUGAUAGAUUUAUCUCAGUCAGCGUCUCAUAACUUGAAAACUCUUUGCUGCUGGUCUAACAGAAGAAAGGAUUGACAUGUCUUCCAAAUAACAUAAGCGGACUCAAAUUCUAGUCAUAGUCCUCUUUGUAAUUAUAGUGUACGCAGCAGAGCGCAAACAGACAGGAAUAUGGGAUUUGUAAAUUAAUCUGUGAAUGUGGAUGUAUCAGACAUGGAAAAACACAGUGAACACACACACAGGCACAGAGGAAAAGAAACGACCAACUCUGGCAACAAUGCCCUUUUCACAAUUUCCGUGCAAUUAACUCCUCUCUUACAGACGUUAUUCCUGACACACUAAUAACUGACCCGACAUUUCACCGAUUCACACAUCAAGAUCCUGACAGACAUUGUUCAAAAUGUCAACCGACCAUUUUCUCCUCUCUUUUCUUUCCGUUCAACUUUUGUUCAAACUCUACCCUCCUUCUCCUUUCUCCCCCUUUUAUUCUUUCACUUCCUUUGUCACAUCCUUUUGGGGCAACUGAGAAGACAGAUUGGGAAAAGGUAGAAAUAAUAACAAAAGAUGGGAAGAGGGUGAGGAGCACAGAAUGAGAAUAAGAAAUAAUCAAACAUCUCAUUCAUUAAAAUGUCAACACGUCACAGCCGGAGGGGGUCGCUUUUUUCCGUCUGAUCUUUGAUGGAAAAAUAAGGCUUUAAAGAGCAGCUGUCAACUGGCAGAGACUGUGUUUGUCUUAUGGAUGUGAAAUUGCUUCCAGAUGAAUUCCAGACAUUGUUGGAUCUGGAUGAUUAGUUUUGCCACACAUAGCUUUGGCAUGCAGAAUACUCAGAUUUGGGUAUUUUCUCCCCAUUAAGUGGUUGAUCGGUUUCACAUCCAUUUUCACAUCACUGGUGGUGACUAAACUCAGUGAGCAGACUUGUAUAAAGGGCAUACAUAUGCAAUAACUGCAUUUGUGACAUGGUUCAAGGAGCAAAUAAGCUCUUCUGAUGACAAGAGUUGUCUUUCUGUUCUAUUUUCACUGUGUGGUGGGUUAAAGUGGCCUGCAGACACCUGGGAGAUGCUAAUGGCAAUCAGUUAUGUUUUGGAGGAGCAGGAAAGCUUGAGUGGAUCUAAUCAAACUCUGAUCCACUUCAAAACUUGGCAGGCACAUUUUUAAUCAAAAAAUAAUAAGUAAAAAUCUGCUUGCCUGUUGUUAAUUGAUGAUAAUAGAAUCUUUCUCAGCAGUCACAUUUCCUUGCUUACUGAAAACUGUCUUUUUUAUGUGGUUUGCAUGAACAAUUCUCUUGAAACACAGCUGGGAGGCUGAAAAAGUCCACUGUUUUGUUUGCACAACUUCAGAAAUGAGUUUAAAGCCAGUAACAGUCAUUUGCAUUUGCUAUAAAUCAAAUCUGACCUAAUGGAGCUGCUGAUGGGUCUGUUGACUGUAUAUUUUAACAGCACUAAGCUUGUCAGCACUAAGGUCCAAACAAAACAGCGUUUUUUGUCCUCUGUACUGUCCAGCUGGAAUAAAGCUCCUUUUGAGAGAGGCGCCCUCUGAAGAAGUGGUUCCUCUUCACUUGUUGAAGUUUGCAUUGGUUAGGGUUUAAGGGGUAGUUUUGAUGCAUAGAUUUACAGUGGUAGAUUAUGUCCUUUUGUGGAAGCUAAACUUUUCUAGAUAAAUAUAUCUAUCUCUUUGAAAUUAUCUGCUUCCCUGUGAAUGACACUUUUUUCUGUGAAAGGAGACGUUCAGAUGUCUUUAACCUGUUUUGCAUUUCGCUUGUCUGAGCUGGUCUGUAGCACUCUAACAGCCUACUGAUAGUUGGGUCCUGGAUUUACCAAACCCUAGCAUAAGCAACACCUUGUUAUUACUUUCAAUCAAUGUUUUAGGAAGCUAUAUUACCAACUAACUCUACACGGAGCUGCAGCCUGCAGGGCUUUGCUGUAGCUCCUUGAAAGCUGGUAUUACAAGCAUAUGCCAAAGAUAUCAUCCAGCCUAGCAUGCCAUUGCCAGUAACAUCCACUUUGGUUGGUUGUAGUCGUUUAUUCAUUCAGUCUUAUUUGAGAAUCUUCAUCUACUCACGGCACUGCUUUGCUGUGUGGCUGUUGCUCAGUGUAGCAAGCUUGUUUGAAAUGCUUUCAAAGGCUGUUAUGUACCUUGUUUUCUUUCUGUUAUAGAUUGCCAAUGUUCACAGUGGGAUUUUAAAACGGAGGAUAGUGGCAUUGAAUCAGCAUUUAAUAUUGACCAAUGAGUAGAAACGGUCUUUUAUAGUGCUAUUUGUCAAAUGAAGGCACUGAGCUUUCCUGAGUCAGCCUUCAAGGCUCUCCUUCAGGGAUUGUUCUUUUACAACUGUGUGGAAAAGCCGAACAUUUUUCUCUCAGGCUGUUACCUGCUGCACCUGCUUUGUUGACUCAACUGUUAUUUAAGUUUUGAGGACGGAGAUUAGUCAGUACAGGCUUAACAGGCUAGACCUGAAAUGACUGUUGGUGUUCUUUUGACUGAUGAUGAUGAGCUUAAUCUGACCAUAUACUAGAUGCAAGAGCACAUUAAGCUGCAAUGGACAUCUUUCAACUGUAGUCUGAACAGUAUUAUGUCACAUCUGCUCUACUGCUGUCAGUCUUCCCCUGCUGUAGCACAGUAGUGACUAAUAUGGCAUGUAACAGGUUUCCACAUAAGGUAGUAGUUUUAGGAAUCUUUAUGCAAACCUGAAUUUCUCAAGACCUCUUAUAAUUCCUGAAUCGAUGAAUCAGUUUCUUAUUUUAAUGACAGGGGAGAAAGUUUACAGCAGCCCAUGCAAGCUACCUCAGGAAGAAGCAAGUUUGACUUUUAAAAAGCAUAAAUCACCUGAUUGUCUUCUGCUGUUUCUUUCAGUCCGGCUUCGACAUAACCAAGAUCCUGUCAGCCAAGAAGAAACUUGAGGCCAAAAGAAAAAGGCAUGAGAAGAAAAAUGCCAGAAAAGCCAAAAAAGAUGCAAAGAAGAAUAGUGUGGGCAUGGUGAGGUUGACCAAAGAUGAGAUAUUCUGUGAAAAUGUUUUUUUUUUUUUCCUGAUGUGAUGAACACCUGCAUAGCUGAAAUGUCAUUUUGACAAAUUCCAAAUACAGCACGUUUUUUCAAAAGCGAUCUCUUAAGCCGCCUUCACACAUAAACUCCUGAUAUUUCUGGAUUAUUUCAGGACAGGCACUGAUAUUUUCAGGAGCAUAUUGUUAACACAAGCACCAUACAGCAGAUAAUGAACUGCUGCUCACUACAGUUUUUUGAGUUCUUCAUUUUACCUAGGGGCUAAAAGUGAAGAAAAAAAAAACUGAACGAAGUUAGAUUAGAUCGAGAGAUGCCAUUAUUUGAAUGAACUUAUACGGCCAAAACUUGGAUAAGGUUGGGAAUUGUGCAUUGCAUGUGUGAAAGAAGCAAUUACGUCAAAGUUAAAGGGAAAAUUAAAUACUCUUAAACCUCUAAAUGAUCUCUUAUGAUUGUGAUUCAUUAUCUCUUUGGUGGACUAACCUCCUAUUAGCAACUUUUCAUUGUGUCAUAUCUCCUCCUGUGCAGGAGGUGGAGCCAGAGGAGAAGGAGCACAGAGAUGUUGCUGUUAUUGAUAUGGACCCGGAGCCAAACCCCUCUCUUCCAAGAGCCAUCAUCCUUGACCUCAGCCCUGUGAACUUCCUUGACACUGUGGGAGUCAAGACACUGCGUGGUGUAAGGACAGAGCAGCCAAUGCACAAUACAUCAUCAAUACCAUAUGAAAGAUUUAAUUAGGAGUUUAAUUAGUGUAAAAUGAGUACACAAAUUAAAUGGACAAGUUUGGGCUUGCCAUGGACAAACCCAAAUUUCAAACAGCUGUAUGUUUUUGAUAAAUAACAAAAGUGGGAUGCCGUUGAUAAAAUUGUAUUUUAGGGGUUUGUAAAUCAGUCAUACUUACUUUUCAACUGAAAAUGCAAUGGUUACUUUUUUUAAUUAAAAGUUGGGACAAGACAUUAAGACACCAAAAAAGUUGUGCAAUGCUGAAAAGCAAACAAACACUAACAGCUUGAAUAACAUCUCCCAUUAUAUUUGUUUCAUUUGCAACAGCUUAGAAACAUGCCUGAGUACAAAAAGAGGCCAAGUCUCAGAGGUAAAGACAAGAAAAGGUUCACCACCUUGUGAGAGACUGCUUAGGCAAAUAAUUUAACCACUUCAGAAUGACAUCCCAUAUCAGUCAUUUGUAAAGCAUUCAGGGAUUUCAUCAUCUACAGCUCAUAAUAUCAUUCAGAGAUAAAAUAUAUGUACAAAAGCAACAGAACUAGAACCUGGGACUUAAUGGCUGUGAUCUUCAGCAGCACUGGAUCUGAAACAGACAUGACUCUGUAUUGGAAAUCACCACAUGGGCUAAGAAUCCCUUUACAACUUCUUCCAUGUCCAAAGAAUUUCUAAAAUGUGUGUCUGGCAUUAGCAUUUCAAUCUUAUCCUUGUUUUUUUUUUUUUUUUAAUCAAUUCAAUACAUGUUAAAUCACAUUUAGACAUUACAUGCUGUUUUUUACACAAUGUUUCACCUUUUUUCAAUUGAGGCUGUAAAACCAUUUCAAAGACAACAGGUCAUUUCAAAGACUCUUUUUUAUAAUCUAUAUACAUUGUACCAAAGACCUUUUUCUAAGUUCCUUAUCAAAUAAAUGUGUGAUUAUUUUUCCAAAAGGAAAAUUGAAGAUAAUGGAGUCUAAUCCUAUUAUGGUAUAAAAGAACCAAGUGCCAGAUAUGAGCUGAGAGAGAAAACAACUACAACUUGGUUCUCCUUUUCAUGAUCCUUCAGCUCCUCUGGCAUGUAAACAAUGUAAAGUCAAAUGUCAGAUGAAUGAAAUGAUGAUGAAAAUACCUCCUCAAUGACUGUCUUAUGUGUUUGUUUCAGAUCCAUAAAGAUUACGGGCAGAUUGGUAUAGAGGUGGUUCUCGCUGGCUGCCAAAGUAAGUCCCUCAAAAUUCCUGGAAAAGAGUUUUUUUAAGUAUUAAAUGUCUCUCAGUGUUUUAAAUAAUCAAUAAGAAAAACAUCCUGGAGACAGUUUACACCUGAUGAUCUUCUUCUGUAGGUAUAUCAGUGUUCCUGGAAAAACACAUCUUCUUACAUUCUUACAUUAAGUGUCUUGACACUUCAUUUAACUCUCUGUUAAAACAUUCCUCUGCUUCAUCGUAGAUGUAAGUGAUCCUCUGACAACUCUCACAAAUAUUACAAAACCCUCCUGGGAGUUUUUGUCCCACAUCCUGCAGCACCCACAAGGAUGUAUUUUUAACAAUCACGCUCAGACCCACCCAGUCACACACUAUUUGAUUUCUUUCAACAACACUGGAUGCUAUUUUAGCUGUUUUCUCCUGUUGUUGUAACAUGAAGGACUCCAUAGCUGGUAUGCUUCCCAGGUUUUCUUAGUCUGGUGUAAUAUGAAAUGCUGGCUUCUAAGGAAAGGUUACAACAAUUUUGUUUUUAUUACAAUGAAGCAUCUAUUUUCUGUGUUUAUUUUCAUUUUUUUUAUCCCACUAAAUUGGAAUGACUCACUUGGAUCAAAAGAUAAAAAUGUGGGUCUGCAGGAAGAAAAAACACAAUGCUAGAAGCCAGAGUCCGUGUCAGAUGAUUAGCAGCUGUUAAGCAGCGGUAAUUUGGCUGCACAGAGUUGAUAGCCUGUUAUGAGGUAAAAUGUGUCUUGUGACUGAUAGGGUAUAAAAACAGGCUGCACUAAAUAUUUAUGUAGCCAGGAAUAAUGAAAAGGUUCAAUCCAUGCCAAGACUAAAAACCACAUUCAGCCUGUAUCUCUCUAUUCUAGUCCACUUUAUGGGCUUCAGUUGUCACAGUGUAUCCUCUGUUCCGGGUCUUCUCAUAGACUCAUGAUAUCCACUCAAUCUCUCUCUUUAGCCGGUGUGGUGGACAACCUGCAGACUGGAGGUUUCUUUAAUGACAAAGUGACAAAAUCUUGUCUUUUCACUACCGUCCAUGAUGCUGUUCUUCACUGUCAGUCCUCGAUAACACAGAGCCAAGAAAAGCCAUUAUAUGAGGUAAGAUGAACUGUACAAUGCACAUCAUUUAUCAUAGAGGAUUUACACUAGGAACAAACAAAGUGGAAGUCCACCCAAAAUGAUCACCCCAGUUCAUAAUGUUUUCUGUGGGACUGAAGCUAAACAUGUUUAUCUCCUUAAUUUGUCUGUUUGGUAUUUGGUAUAAGGGAGAGUAGGGUAAGUUGAGGAAAAGGGUAAGUUGAGCCACCCCCUGUAGCUUGGAAAUGGUCAAAGAAAGUGAUCAUGUGACCAAAUAUUUAGGAGAUGGGCAUCAAUUCAUGGAGUCUGUGAAGGUUAGUAGCACAUGGGUGAAGGGGUUAGAAUUAAUUUCCAUAAAAACAUUUUUCACUCUUGAAAAUGAAUUUAGUCUGUCAUAAGUUUUAUUGGAAUUGUGUUCAGACCAAAAGAGAUCAUUUUAAAUUUGUUUUAUCCAUCAACUGGGGUAUCUAUGAGCUACAACAUGAGGUCAAAAACCUAAGAUAGAAGUCCACCAUUUUAGCUUAGAGGACUAAUAAAGUCAUCAUAGUACAUGAGUACAUUCUCAUGUUAAAAUGGCUUUUUUUUUUUUUUUACCACACAGCAAUAAUAAAAAGAUUUAUUGUACCAGUUGAAAGCGUAUAAUAGAUAAAAAAUAUACAUGAAUGUGAAGAAGUGACUGUUAUUUAGGGAGAGAGAAGGUGAGGGAGGGCUGGGGGGGAGAGUUGGGGGGGGGAGUAGUGCACCCAUAGGAGACCACUUUUUUUUGGCAUGCUAUAUUAUCAAGACAGUUAUGUUUACACUCAUUCUGUUGGUGUGCAAGGAUGCACAACAUCUUGAAAUACAUGCAGAUAUACUAGUUAGAGAGGAAACUAUGAUUGCCUUGAUGUAGUGAUCCGAAAUAUGAAAAAUGGCUCAUGUUACCCUACUCUCCCCUACUAUUUGCUCUUAUACAUGCCAGGGGAAACAGCUCAGUCUACUCAGCAGCCUCAUGUGGAAGAGUAAUGUAUGAUAAUUGGAAAUUAGUCAAAUGUGCGCAGUGAUUGAUGACACCCUGUCAGAUGGUUUGGGGUUAGGAAUGGCUAAGAAUCUAUAUUUCAAAACAGUAUUUCAUAUAAGAUGGAAUUUUAAUUUAAAUUAUUUGAGGUUUUAAACACAGAAUUACAAACAUUUCAGUUUCAAUGUAAUGUUGAACUUUGUGAUCGUGUGAGUGUGUGUGUUUAUCUCAUUUAUACAUCAGCACUUGCAUGCAGGUAGUGUAUCAUUCAGCCAAUGUGCUUUAGUUGCUCUGCCUGUUCUGUUGAAGAAUUUAGCUGGGUGCGUGACUUUGUGUUUCUGCUCCCAUGGAGAGAGCUAACAAAGAACAAAGAUGUGGCAAUGGUCCAUGAAACACACAGUUUACAGGAGCUACGGCAUUUCAAGGCGAGAGACAAACACAAAUACACAAGGGGAUACAAAAAUACCAAGGAUGUGAGAGAGCUGAUGUCCAGAUAGCCUUAAUGGACUUAUAGGGAAACAUGGCUGCAGACAUGUUUAGAUUAGUGAAAGCAUGCUUUUCAACAUGUUAAUAUAUGCAUGCGAAAAUUGUUUUAUAUGAUAUGAAGGUUUUUUAGAGUUAUGACAAGACUGAACUAGUUCAUUUCCCUGAAGUUGAAUCUGUUUUAUGAAAUUCAAGUCAUAUCUCAUCAUCAAAGAACAAGUAUACAGCCUCACGCAAGCAUAUAAGCAUUCAAGCACUACAUUCAUACUAGAGGCCCAUUAGUGAAGCAAUAUCUAAUUUUGUUUCAUGCAGUGAAUGCCAGAAUCACACAGAGCAAAGUGAAGACAUACGAUUUAAAAGAGUUUGAUGCUUGCUGAGACAAUACACCAAACUAAAUUUUGACAGUCCUCUUCAGUCCUGUGUCUCCUCUGCCAAGACUUUCAUGCCAGAGAGAAAGUGAAGUCUUGCACAUAUUUUAAAAAUCAGUGUGGUAUUUGGCUAUUCCAUUCCCUGUCCAUCUUGGUAUGUGUCUCCUUCACCCUCUGGUUCUCCAUCUAUGUUUGAUCUCUUCUGUCCCAUUUUUUUCACAGAACUUCACAGGGACUCAUUUCUGAGGCCUGAGAGGAACCAUGGAGGAUAAUAUAAAGAUCUGCCUGACACUGAAUACAGGAGGAUUGUAUCCAGCUGGGUUCAGGCAACUCAAACUCUUGUUCAUCAAAUAUUCAAAGCUUCAGACCUACAUGAAAAUAAUAGGUGCAGAGAAAAACAACUGGGUGC